AUGGCGCCGCUGACGCUGCAGCAGCGCGUGGAGGUGGCGCUGGGCGCGGCGCAAGGGCUGUUCUACCUGCACUCGUUCGCGCGCCCACCCGUCAUCCACCGCGACGUCAAGUCCGGCAACAUCCUGCUCGACCAAGACAUGCAGGUGGGGGGGGGAGGGGGGGGACUUGCAGGUGGGAGAGGGUAUUGCAGGUGGGAGAGGGUAUUGCAGGCUCUGUGGCCCUUACCCCUCUGCGCCCCUCUGCGCCCCUUUCACUUGUCCCCUCUCCUUCCUCUCCCCCUCGCCAUGUGCGCGCAGGCGAAGGUGGCGGACUUUGGGCUGCUCAAGGCAUCAAAGGGCGAGGGCGUGGCGCACAGCACGCUGGUGGCGGGCACGCCUGGGUACCUGGACCCCGAGUACUACUCCGCCUUUAAGGUCACCACCAAGAGCGACGUCUACAGCUUCGGCGUGGUGCUGCUGGAGAUUCUGACGGGGCUGCCGCCCAUCUUUGAGAGCCUCGACGCCAACGAGUCCACCGACGGCGAAAGGCAGAUGACCAGCCUCGCCAGAUGGACGGGCAACGUGGCCAAGAUAGUGGACCCGCGCCUGGGCGCUGACUACCCGGUGGAUAUUGUCAAGGCAAUGGCGGAGGUGGCCAUGGCGUGCGUGCAGCGCCACAGCAAAAAUCGCCCCGACACGGGCGAGGUCGUGCGGCGCCUGGGGGACAUCCUGGCGCGCCUCACGGGUGACGAGAGCGCCGCCACACUGGGCCACCUGCGGCCGCAGAGCUCCAAUGUGGGUGCCGUGGCCAUUCCCGAGGACGGGGAGAUUGAUCCCAACAUUGCGCUGGUGGGGAACAUGGAGGGACCGUACGAUGAGAGUACUGCCGCCAUGUCGCAAGUUAUCCCACGCUGA